CAAAGGGGAUGCAGAAAGGCUUCCUGAGUUCGGGGGUCGGCGCAAGAUGGCGGCUGCCAAAGGGGGUUGGUUGGCGUGCGAGUUGUUGAGGAACGAUUCUACUUACAGUGAAAUAAGAGAUGAAAAUGAUUUACUCUGUCACCAAACUUUUAACUAAUGGAAUAGUGAUCAUUCAAAGACACAUUUUUGAGGUUUUUUUACUCAUUGUUCUUCCCUGGGCUAAUUGUGUGUGGAAUUUUAUGUGUAUGUUUGUUCAUUGUCCUUUGGAUGAUCAGACUACUGCUUCAGAAAAAGAAAAAAUCAGUGUCAAGCAAAAAUGGGAAAAAUCAAAUGGUGAUUGCAUUUUUUCAUCCCUACUGCAAUGCUGGUGGAGGAGGAGAAAGAGUUUUAUGGUGUGCCCUAAGAGCCCUGCAGAAAAAAUAUCCUGAAGCAGUUUAUGUUGUUUAUACUGGCGAUAUUAAUGUCAACGGUCAACAGAUACUGGAAGGUGCCUUCAGAAGAUUUAACAUCAGAUUGGUUCACCCAGUGCAGUUUGUGUUCUUAAAGAAACGCUACCUUGUGGAAGAUUCACGCUAUCCUCACUUCACACUGUUGGGCCAAAGUCUCGGAUCCAUUUUUCUUGGCUGGGAAGCUCUCAUGCAGUGUGUCCCUGAUGUUUACAUUGAUUCAAUGGGAUACGCUUUCACGCUUCCUCUGUUUAAGUAUGUAGGAGGUUGCCGAGUUGGAAGCUAUGUUCAUUAUCCCACCAUCAGCACUGACAUGCUCUCUGUGGUGAAGAAUCAAAAUGUUGGAUUUAAUAAUGCAGCUUUUAUUACCAAAAAUGCUUUCCUCAGCAAAGCAAAGCUCAUCUACUACCAUCUAUUUGCUUUUAUUUAUGGACUUGUUGGUUCUUGCAGUGACACAGUCAUGGUCAAUUCUUCCUGGACACUAAACCAUAUUCUGUCACUGUGGAAGGUUGGGAAUUGCACUGACAUUGUCUACCCACCUUGUGAUGUGCAGACAUUCCUGGACAUUCCCUUACAUGAGGAAGAGAUGACCCAAGAGCAUCUGCUGGUUUCCAUCGGGCAGUUCAGGCCUGAAAAGAAUCAUCCUUUGCAGAUCAGAGCCUUUGCUAAAUUGCUGAGUAAGAAGGUGGUGGAGUCACCUCCUUCCCUUAAACUUGUCCUUAUUGGAGGUUGUCGGAACAAGGAUGAUGAACUCAGGGUAAAUCAACUGAGAAGGCUCUCUGAGGAGUUAGGCGUUCAAGAAGAUGUGGAAUUUAAAAUAAACAUUCCGUUUGAUGAACUGAAGAAGUACUUGUCCAAAGCAACAAUCGGUCUGCAUACCAUGUGGAAUGAGCAUUUUGGGAUUGGCAUUGUGGAGUGUAUGGCAGCUGGCACAAUUAUCCUGGCGCAUAACUCAGGGGGCCCGAAGCUCGACAUUGUCAUUCCUCAUGAUGGACAAAUAACUGGAUUUCUGGCUGAGACUGAAGAAGGCUAUGCUGAGACAAUGGCUCAUAUUCUUUCCCUGUCUGCAGAAAAGAGACUCCAAAUCAGAAACAGUGCGCGUGCAUCUGUCAGCAGAUUCUCUGAUCAGGAGUUUGAAAUGGCAUUCCUGUCGUCCGUGGAGAGGUUAUUUAAAUAAUGCUGUAUCUGUGAAAAUUAGAGAAACUUUUAUAAUAAAUUCAGCCUGAGCAGUAUUUAUAUGGGCAAGGUAUUUAUUUCAAUGAAAAAAGGCAGAAUUACCUAAUUGGAAAAGCUUAUAGUUCAUGGUAAAAAGGCAUAUAGCUUAAAAGUAAGAACUAUAGUGUUUGUUCUUGAUUUCUGAAAUUUGGUCUCAAAUUUCUGAAAAAUAUGGAUCUGAGAAAAAAUAUUUUUUCAAAGAUUUAUUUAUUUAUUUGAAAGGCAGAGUUACAGAGAGUCAGAGGCAGAGAGAGAGGUCUUCCAUCUGUUGGUUCACUCCCCAGAUGGCCACAGUGGCCCAGGGAGUGAACCAGCUCACUAGGCUAAUCCUCUGCCUGCGGUGCCGGCACCCUGGGUUCUAGUCCUGGUUGGGGUGCCGAUUCUGUCCUGGUUGCUCCGCUUCCAGGCCAGCUCUCUGCUGUGGCCCAGGAAGACAGUGGAAGAUGGCCCAAGUCCUUGGGCCCUGCACUCACAUGGGAGACCAGGAGGAAGCACCUGGCUCCUGUCUUCGGAUCUGCAUGUCACGCUAGCCGUAGUGGCCAUUUUGGGGGUGAACCAACAGAAGGAAGACCUUUCUUUCUGUCUCUCUCUCUCUCUCACUAACUCUGCCUGUCAAAAAAAAAAAAAAAGUGGAGCAGCUGGGACUGGAACUGGUACCCAUAUGGGAUGCCAGCAGUGCAGGCAGCAGCUUUAAACGCUAUGCCACAUUGCUAGCCCCAAAAAAAUAAUUUUUAAAAUUUAUUUAUUUAUUUGAAAGAGGAGCUCUGGCUGAAGUGGCAGCUAACAUCCGGGUCUGACCUCGGCCUCCUCCUCUGCAGAUGUCUGUCUGCCUUUUGACACCAACGCUGCUCCCUAAUCUCCUGAGACUCGGGCUCUUCGCCUGUAACCUGGAAGUGUUGAUGCUGGUUCUCACCACCUUUUAGAGUUGUGAUACUGAAAUGGAAAGCAUAGGCUACGUCUUUGAAAAUUAUAAAAGUUAUUUCAAUUAAAGGUAAAAAUAUUCAGUAAAUAUCUUCUGUACUCCUGUGUAUCAAUGUAUCACAACUCUAUGUGGAUUCUUGGUUACUAAGCCAGUAGUCCCGAAUCAGUAGAAAUUUAAUACCACCUCUAUCCUGAAUAACUAGUGUGGAGACAUGAAUGUACAUGUGUGCAGAUAAGGCUACAAAGACCUACAACUUCUGGCAUUUACUACAUAUGUAAUCAGUUUCUUCCACUUCAGUGAAUUGACCUGCUUCUCAGUCUGAUUAGUCUUUGAGUUGGGGCAUGUGAAAGAGGUCCUUCAACUUGCCUGGCUUCAUUUUUUUUUUAACAUUGAUUUAUUUAUUUGAAAGGCAGAAUUACAGAGAGGCAGAGGCAGAGAGAGAGGUCUUCCACCUGCUGGUUCACUCCCCAAAUGGCCACAACGGUCAGAGCUGGGCCGAUCCAAAGUCAGGAGCCAGGAGCUUCUUCCGGGUCUCCCACGUGGGUGCAGGGGCCCAACGACUUGGACCAUCUUGUACUUUCUCAGGCCAUAGCAGAGAGCUGAUCGGGAAGUGGAGCAACCGAGACUCGAACCUGUACUCAUAUGGGAUGCUGGCAUUGCAGGUGGCAGCUUUACCCACUAUACCACGGCGCCGCCCCCCACUCCCACCCCCCCAUUUCAUUUUAUACUCCCAGUUUUGUUGUUGCUUCAUGUGCAGGCCAUCUUCUGUUAUCAGCUCACAAAAGCAGCAGAAGAGAGAGUCCCAGGAUGUGCCGACACACCAGCAUAGCUUUGUGGAGCAGAUGAUUCUGUUUAGAAGAGGAAGACUUGUGGAAAUCAGAGCUGGGAGGAGCCCCACAAAGUCUCUAGUCUGGUUUUCUCUUAUUUCCAACUUCACAGACAAGAACACUUUAAAAAAUAAAAUAGAAUUUUAAAGUUUAUUUUAUUUUAGAGGCAGAGAGAGACUGACCUCCCAUCUGCUGGUUUGCAACCUAGAUGCUUGCAACAAGCCUGGGCUGGGCCCUGACAGGAACCAGGGACAUAGUCUAAUCUCCCACAUGAGUGGCAGGGACCCAGCUACUUGAGCCAUCACUGCGCCUCCCACGGUGCCCACUAGCAGGAAGCUGGAAUUGGGAACAGAGGCAGGACUUGAACCCAGGCACUACAAUGUGAGCUGUAAGUAUCCUAAGUGGCAUCUUAACCACUAUGCCAAAGGCACAUCCUAAUAAAAACAUUUAAACCUAAUGAACUUAGUAGACUCCUUCAGUAUCACAAAGCUGUUCUAGGACAGAAUCCAGAUUGUAACCUGGUGUUACUCCUGACCUUAUACUAGGUCUUGUUUUAGAGGGAGUCACUGAGGUAAGAUUCAUAGUGUAAUCCAUUCAGCCAACCCAUCUACACAAAGAAAACUGUGAAACUAAAGACAGAGAAACUGAAAUACAGCAAAGAUAGAGGAUGUGGUGAAGGAAGAAGGGAUUCUGGAAUUCCAUGAAACAUUGCUUAAGCCUCUUUCUCCAAAAUGAUUCUCAUGUAUAUAUACACUUCCAUUGUUCCUAAUGUAGCACAUGGAUUGUGUUUUUUUGUAAAUGGCUGAUAAUCAUAAAAACUGUCAAAACAGUAUGUCAGCUACUGGUGUCUAGAGAACUUCUGAGAGGUUGCUUUUGAGUGGUCCAAAUAUGCUACAUACUGAACCCACAGCAGGGGGAGAUUCACAUUCUUAUUUCUAGUGCAUUGAUAUGUAAGAAUCUCUUUAUACCUAAAUAUGAUUUAGAACUAAUACAGUUUUAUAGCUGAAUAACAUUCUAUUGUGUGUAUGUAUACACACCACAUUCUUCAUUCCGCUAUAAAAAAAAAAGGAAGGAAAUCCUGUCAUUUGCAGCAAAAUGGCUGGAGCUGGAGGACAUCAUGUUGAAUGAAGUAAGACACAAAAAGACAAAUACUGUAUGUUCCCCCUUAUAUGUGAGAGCUAAAAUUUUUUUAAAAGUCAGAUAUAAACUCUUUUUUUGUCUAAAUAUGAUUUGAAGGAGUGAUUUUCCAUUAUCUUGGGUACUUUUCCCAGGUGCCUUUUGUACCCUUUAUGUUGUCUCCCAGUUUUCCCAAUUCUGGUGUCUCCAAGCUCUUAUGCCAAGAAAUUUUUUUUUUAAAGAAGAAAGAAAAAUAAAAGUUUGCCUCACCUGUGGUACAUAAGAAUUGGUUGUCAAGUUUAAUAAUCUUUUUAAUUACUAUUUCAAACAUAAAAAUUAUAGUGCUUCAUACAUUUAUUUUAAUAACUUUUAUAAGGUCAUCAAUAGGCAAAAUUAUGAUACAGACUAAUGUGAUUAUCAGUGAUUUCAGAAUAUUUAUUUUUAAUUAUGUAAUGG